AUGGAUUAUAAAGGCGAUAUCCUUGGCAUACACAAAAGCGGGUCUUUCCCCUCCAAACGCUAUGAAGGCUCAUUCCACGAGAGGAGCCCUGAGACCGGAGCUGCAAGGGAACCUACACUCAUCAACUCAGAAUCCACCAAGGAGAGAAACACUAACAUGCAGGGGCGGACUGAACCAUCAGGCACUCGGGCACCACCCGAGGGCCCGCGACCAGCACAGGGCCUGUGGCCAGGCCCGCCAAUAGGGGUGUACAGGCAGCUGUCCUGUACCGAGCAGGCCCCAUCAAGUGAGCGUGUGAGCGGGGACUGGACAAAGCACAGGCUAGGGAGUCUGCCUCCACACAGGGGGGGCCUAGAGGGUCGAGCAGAGUCUCAGCCGGGACUCGGGAGUGAGACGAUACGACCGGAGGAGGCAAGCUCUAGAGAACAUCAGGACCAGACUCUUCUCUCUGAGUUUCUAACAUUCUCCGUCAUAUUUGCCUUUGGGACAAUUAGCUGGAGCUGCAUUUAUGAAAAGAAGAUAAAAAAGACAUUCUUGAGACAGGGAGGCUCUGAGCUGCGGGAUCCAAAACGGAGAGAUUCAAUUCAUGCUCUGGAAUGUGAUGGGCAUCACUGGGUGUUCUGUGUAGCCCAGCUGUUGUCACUGGCACCACGUGGCUGGGCAGAAGAGGAGUUCCAGUGGACCCCGACAGAGCGAGGAUCUUUUUAUUAUGGCACUUUUCCACCCACUUUCACAUGGGGAGUGGGCAGUUCUGCGUAUCAGACUGAAGGAGCCUGGGACCAGGAUGGCAAAGGGAAGAGUAUAUGGGAUGUAUUUACACACAAGAAAGGGAGAGUGUUCAUGAAUCAGACGGCAGAUUCUUCCUGUGAUGGAUACAACAAGGUCAAGGAGGACAUAGAUCUGCUGAAAGAGCUGAAAGUUUCUCAUUACCGUCUUUCCAUUUCUUGGCCUCGUUUAAUUCCUACCGGUAUUAAAACUGAAAAUGUCAAUGAAAAAGGUAUAAAAUACUACAAUGAUCUCAUUAAUGUUCUUUUGGAAAACAAGAUUACGCCAGUAGUGACUCUGUAUCACUGGGACUUGCCACACACCCUGCAGGAGAAAUUCAGCGGCUGGCAGAACAUCAGUAUGGUCACCUACUUUAAUGAUUAUGCCAACCUGUGCUUUGAGAAAUUUGGUGAUCGAGUGAAAUACUGGAUCACAUUCAGCAACCCUUGGUCUGUGGCAGUUGAAGGCUAUGAGACCGGAGAACAUGCACCAGGCCUAAAGCUAAGAGGGACUGGGUCAUACAAGGCUGCACACCACCUCAUCAAGGCACAUGCCAGAACGUGGCACAGCUAUAACAAAUACUGGCGCAGCAAGCAGAAAGGAAUGGUUGGAAUCUCCCUGACUACAGAGUGGGGGGAACCUGUGGACAUCUCCAGUCAGAAGGAUAUUGAAGCUGCAGAGAGAUUUGUUCAGUUUAAUUUUGGAUGGUUUGCUAACCCUCUUUACAAUGGAGACUACCCACAGAUCAUGAAAGAAUAUAUAGGUCAAAAGAGUGCUCAACAGGGUUUAGGAAUCUCCAGACUCCCAACCUUCAGCUCUCAAGAGAAAGGCUUCAUUAAAGGCACAAGUGACUUUCUUGGGGUUGGCCACUUCACCACAAGAUAUAUCACAACCAGGAACUUCCCAUCUACUCAGGGGCCCAGCUACUUCACUGACAGAGACCUGAUAGAGCUGGUUGACCCCAAAUGGCCUGAGCCGGAGUCAAAAUGGCUUUACUCUGUCCCGUGGGGUUUCCGGAGGCUUCUAAAUUUUGUAAAGACCCAGUAUGGAAAUCCAAUGGUGCUGGUGACAGAGAACGGGGUGUCAGAGAAGAUGCAUUGUGCCCAGCUGUGUGAUGAAUGGAGGAUACAAUACCUCAAAGGAUAUAUCAAUGAGAUGUUAAACGCUAUAAAGGAUGGGGUUCAUGUCCAGGGAUACACAGCCUGGUCUCUGAUGGAUAAAUUUGAAUGGGAUGAAGGUUUUUCAGAAAGAUUUGGACUUUACUUUGUGGAAUUCAAAAGCAAGAACAAGCCUCGUUAUCCUAAAGCUUCUGUUCAGUUCUACAAAAAGAUUGUGAGAGCCAACGGCUUCCCUAAUUUCCGAGAGGUGGAAAACUGGCACCGUAUAGCAACAGAGACCUGCUCCACUACAAACCAACUCCUGGCUGCAGAGGAACAGAGGAAUACGGCUGCAAAUAUUCUGCGGCUUAUUCAUGACCCACUGACCAGCCACAUGGAGAUGGUGACAGAGAUUGUGGUACCUACAGUCUGUACACUGUGCAUUCUAAUCAGUGCUGUGCUCCUGAUGAUUCUCCUGCGAAGAAAGAGCUAGGACAUAUAC